AUGGGUGAGGAGAAAAAGACCGAUCAAGAUGUGGAAUACUUCGAUCUGCGAUGCCAGUAUCUCGAUUUCGACGGCAAAGUAUUUGGAACGGUCCAGGCUAAGCUUUCUAUCGAAAAAUUCCAUGGAGCCAGACAGAUCCACACUCUGAACACAUUUCCGCUCAGCUUUCAUCCAACCCACGGGAAUAUUAGGUAG